CGAUAGUCGGUGUAAUAGACACUGCCUUUCUAAAACUCGAAACAGCACUUUCGAAAGAAAAAUUUUUGUUUUACCCUCCUUACCUAUAGAAAUGCUGGCAAAAGAAUAUUUCACGAAUGACAAAGCAUUGUUCCUACAUAUAAAAAUAUUGCAUUAAAUUAACCAAGAGAAAAAUUGUUGUUGUUGUUAAUUUAUUUUUUGUGCCAUGUCUUUCAGUACAUAUAUCAUAUAUUUUUGUAUACUAGACUUUGUAUUAUUACUUUUAUGCAACCAAUCUCCGAGUUAUUAGACGGAAUUUUAAUAAUUGUGCUAUUGAUAAUUUGAAUUUUUAAAUAUUGAAGGCUCAUAAAAUAUGCUUCAUCUUAAGUGAUUUUUUGUGCAUUUUCUGCAUUUUAAGAAAGGGAAUUUGAUGAUUUGGUGAAUUAAUCGUAAUACACUUUAACACUUAUAAUUUCUAUGUAAAUAUUUGUAAAUAAUGUGGUGCUAAAUAGGCUUAAUUACAAGAAGAUAAUAUGAUGACUAUAUGCUCGUGGGACUCUUAAUUUACUAUGAUUAGUCUUUAAGUUUUUCUAGAUCUUAUGCAAAUUAUAUCCUUGAUUUGUAUAAUGAAUAUAGAAAUAUGAGAAACUUAAAAUUGGUCCGAGCUUCUAAAAAGACUGUUAUAGAGAGUGACAGUUUUUGUCAGGAUUUUGACAACUUCAUAUAUUUCAGUAGCAGUAAAGGAAUUUAUCACUUUGAUCAAGUUAAUAAUGAAGUCUCAUUCUGUUCCGGUUUUGAUUCAGAGGAGCAAGAAUAUGUUAUUGGUAUGGAAUACAUUAUGGAAACCAAUAGUAUUUUCCUAGCAUCAGCUUCUGGGAAUCUAUAUUUGUAUGAUAUUGCAGAAAAACAAGUUAGUAACAUUGGAGCUGUAGAGAAUGGUUUAAAAGAAUUUGCAUGGAGUCCUGAUCAAGAAUUUCUCAUUUUAUUAACUG